CACGACUUGCUCACUCUGUGUGAAACAAACAACCUCAGCACACUCUUUACACCUGGAAGUGAUGGGCUCUGUUUUAAAAGUGACAGAAUAGACGAGAAGCAAACAACAAAGCAAAGAAGAAAAAUUCUUUUUUUUUCCUUGGACUGAGAAAAAUCAAAAUGAAUGACAGAAAGGAAAGGAAAAGGAGAAUAUGCUCUGAGAAAAGAAGAGAAAAAUCCCGUGAUGCUGCUCGAAGCAGAAGAGGUAAAGAGAACGAGCUGUUUGCUGAACUGGCCCUGCAGCUGCCGCUACCCCAAGGGAUGGCCCAAUACCUAGACAAAGCAUCCAUUGUGAGGCUAACACUCAGCUACCUACAUCUUCGUACUGUUCUGUCUAACAUAGGGACAGAAGAUGUCAAGACAUCAAAGACGGAUGAUCUCCUGAGUUCAAUGCUUGACAACUUCCUACUUCUGCUGUCUCAGAGUGGGCACGUAGUUUACAGCUCGGAGGCCAUAACCAAACACAUCGGCAUCAAUCAGAUGGAGUUAAUUGGGCAAAACAUUUUCGAAUUUAUCCAUCCUUGUGACCAAGAAGAAAUAAGAGACAUUCUCAGUUUUAAACAAGAUUCCUUAAAGAGUGGCCAACAAGACUAUGAUUUCUUCAUCAGAAUGAAGUGUACACUUACAAAUCAAGGACGUACUGUCAACAUCAGAUCAGCCUCCUGGAAAAUGCUCCACUGUAUUGGACGGGUGAGACAUCCAUGCCCUGUGCCAGCAUCAUGCAGGACCCCUAACGGUUGUCUGGUUCUGCUGUGUGAGUCCAUUCCUUUCCCUGACAGCAUGGAGACGAAAGAAAACCAAAAUAUGUUCCUGAGCCGACAUAAUGUGGAUAUGUGCUUCACGGACUGCGAUCAUAGGGUGAAAGAUUUGGUUGGUUAUGAUGCAAGUGAGUUAGUUGGCCGAUCUGUAUAUGAAUACUAUCACGCUCUGGACACUGACCACAUAAGGAAGACUCAUCAAAGCUUGGUGACCAAAGGCCAAGCUUCCACAAGACAUUAUCGACUACUGGCCAAAAAAGGUGGAUAUGUAUGGGCACAGACUGAUGCAGCAGUGAUUUAUAAUAACCGCAGUGGCCAGCCUCAGUGUGUCAUCUGUAUCAACUAUGUUCUGAGUGGUCUAGAAGAAUCUGAAGUAGUAUUUUCACUGGAACAAACAAAGAAUCUUUUGAAACCUUAUACUUCUAACAUGCCAAUAUCCCAGUCUGUGGAUUUUUUUGCUCAAACUCCAGAAGAGUUGGCACAGCUGGCACCAGAGCCUGGAGAUACCAUUGUUCCCCUAAAUUUCAACAAUGAGGACACAGAACUACCAGAUCUUAACCAGUCCUACAGUGAUCCUCUGGGAUACACACCAGAAAUAUUUAGAACAAAGAAGGGUGGUGCUUUUAAGAAGGAAUUUCAGAUGUACUUUUCUGAGAAACAGAUCAACAGCAAUGUGGAGGAGCCUAGGAAGCUACCAAGGGGAAACUACAAUGCUAGUUCUUUCUCAAACCAUGACGUUUCAGAAGAACAACUUUACAGUCAGCCUGUCAAAUUCAUCGAAAGCAUGUUUGAGUGGGACUAUGAGGGACAGAAUCGAGUUGGCCUGCAGAAUGACCUGAGUGAGCUUGAUUUGGAGACGCUUGCACCUUAUAUUCCCAUGGAUGGGGAAGACUUCCAGUUGACGCCCAUCAGCUAUGACACCAAGGAAGGUGUAUCCAGUUUGCCUGAAAGUGAAGACUGUGCAUAUGAGGCAACAUUCCCAGCCCCGGAGCAAACAGAUGAGAACUACACCAUUUCGCCUUCUUCCUCUCUUAAAGAUGUUCAUUCAUGCUUUCCUACAAAGUUAGAGGCACCUUCACAUUUUCAGCAAACUGCUAACACACCUCAGCGGUCACUGAAUCCCUUAUUCAACAGUGUGGUAUAUCAGUUCUGGUCGGAGCAAAAGCCACCAGCACACUGCAUGCAGCCAUCAGGACACAGGCUUGGUGCUGUAACACCACUUGGUGCUGGACGUGGAUGUUCAGGUCCUGGUUGUGACAAUGAAAUCCCUCAAAAGAGAAGAAAACAAAAUGACUGCUUUAAUCCUAUACAGUGCAAUACAGAGUAUGUAUGCAGUAGUUUAUGGGAGAGACAGCAGACCCUCUGGAAGAGAAAGAAAACUUAUCUGAAACCAAGAAAAAUCACUGGCUUCCUCACAUGGGCAGACAGAGACCCCUACUUGUGGAAUGCAGGUACUGCAGGAUCACACUCCUAUGUACAUGAUGUAAACAGGAAUGCAACUUUGCAGAUGUCACUGGCUCCAAAUAUUGGCCAUCAUCUCAAUAGGACCAGCCUAUCACCAGAAAACCUACCUGAAAGAACAGGUCUAUCCAAUUGCCUGCUGCAUCCAGCUCUUGACCGCUCUGUGUUACCAGUACUGACUCGUUGGGAAUGUGAAGUCAAUGCCCCAUUAACAGGUCCAUCCCGCCUGCUGCACGGAGCAGAAAUCCUUCGGGUUCUUGACCAGGCCGCUUUAUAACUGACCACUGUGACCAGCAUCUGCUUGGCCUGAAUCGGGAGAAGGAUCUUACUUGGAUACCUGUCCUCGCAACUGAUCGAGCAAUAACAUACAGUGAAAUCAUUUGAUACGGCAAGUCAUUGUUGUUUUGGACAGAUUUUUGACUUUUCAACAAUACAACGUUCCAACGGACUCCUGUGGCAUGCACUGCAUUGUUCUUUUUUUGCUUGCUGCCUGCUGGAUAUUUAGUAAGAUGACGCCUCCUGAAUAAUUCCAGGGAAAAUACUCAACCUGCACUUCUUUAUAAGCAUCACUUUAUUGUGAGAAAAGUGGUAAAGAUCAUUAUAUAGUAGUUAUAUGUUAAAGCUUUAAGUGCUUUUGUAGUCAAAAGAUACUGUUGUGUAUUUGUUUGACUGAAUGAACAAAGUAAUAUUUAGCAGAAUAUCAUUACAUUUUUUAACAUGUAGCAUUUUACUACUGAAAUGGGUUUGUUUAAGAUUUUAUCUUUAAAUUAAUAAUUUUACGCACUUUUAAAAGUAAUAUCAAUAAUAAUGAAAUUAAAUUAUCUAUGACGCACAACUGAUUAUUUAGCUGAGUAUGUUUUAAUCAGCACAGUACUGUGCCUCAUUUUUUAGUACUGUUCCCGUCUCAGUCCCAGGAAUCUGCGCUAGAUUCCAAUCUAAUGCACUGUGCACCUACUUCCCAUGCAUGUAGGUUUUCACCAGGUACUCCAGACUCCUUCCACAUUUUGUGUUAAUUGGCAGCACUAAAUUGGCUUGAUACUGGAGCAAUUAUGGGUGCGUGUUUGCCCUGCAAUAGACUGAUAUUUCAUGCAGCUUUGCUUUCUACUCUGUGAAGGGGUUAUAAAGAUAGCUCCUGCAUCCCUGAAACCUACUAUUGUACAAAGUGAAUUCAGAAAAGGGGUGAAUGAAUGUUAUAUAGUAAACACAAAACCCUAACCCUAACCCUAACACCUACCAGCAUGAAAUCACUUAGUGAAUACAAUUACUAAAGUCUUAAAUGUACCCUUAACAUAGUAUGAGAAGUUAAAAGGUUACAGCAAAUAUCUACGUUGACAUUCAGAUUUUUAUAUGUUGCUGUCCUAAAAGGCAUCAUAAUCAGUAGGAUGGACAAGAUGUCAGACUGUAAAGUAAGAAGUCAGUAGCUGAGUUCCCAAAGACUCCCAUAAAGAUUUACAUUGUGACACUAAAUCAGUCACCUAAACUGUUUCUGCUACUAUUUUAGAAAGGAAUAAACAACUGUGCUGUACAUUCAAAAUUCCUAUUUAGAAAUGUGCCUUAUAAAAUAGCUUUUUAUUCAUUUAUAUCGGAGUUGGUAAUACUGGAGUUUUGUUCAUGCUGAGAUAAGGAAACCAUUUUGAGGCCACAAUAUAGUCAUCAAAACAACAAUUAUUGGGUUCAGUUCUGAAAGCACAAGUAUCUCUGCCAAUUAGUGCAACAACUGCCCAAUCUCCUCAACAUGUCUUCCUUGACAUGGGGUGCACUAGACCUCGGUGAGGUCAGUCAAUCAUAACUGUAAUGGAGUUCAUGUGUCUAGGGCACACUCCAGACAUCAAUGUAGUAUACAGUAUGCUACCAGGCAUCCGUGUAGCAUAACAUAUGUUAAAAAACAGACUAUGCUAACCAUAAAUUCAUUAUAUCGUGUUGCUUUUUUAUAAUCAGGAUGACAAUUUGCUAACUUGUGUAAUUUGGGUUUCUUUGUGUAGUACUUUACUUACACAACACCAAACCACCAAGUUGAACAGUUGUGCAAUUCCUGUAUACAUGUUGGCCUAAACCUUUUGUUUUCAGCAAAGAAUGAAAACAUUAACUUUUAGGGACUUUCAUAUUAUGAGAGGCUGUUGUCACAGGUCUGAAACUUUAAAUCUCAUUCCCAUUCUUGCUCUUUUAGACAAGACAGUUGUUCAAUCACACUAUGCACAAAAAUAUACAGUAUAAAAGUUGUAUUAGUUAAAAAGGAGCAUUAUCACCUAUUUUAGAAUAUAUUUUCAUACAAAUUUCUUAGGCAGACAUCAUACCAAUGCACUAUGCAAAUGUAGGACUUUAGCAAACUUAUUUAUAUAUAUUUGUGAGAAUUGCUUCAAAAGUAAUAAGUAUAUAAUUAAAUAAAGAUAUAAGUGUUAAAUCGCUACAUUUCAUUCAAAUCCACAUCUUUUUUUUUCUUACAUACAAAAUCAACAUCGCAAAUGAGGUAUUUUUCCACUGUUUUUCAAGUUUAAAGUUGUGUUGGAUCUCUGUUCCAGCCAAGUAUAAAGCUUCCAUUAUCUCUUGGAUUUCCUGGUGCCCUACAGUGAGCUCUGUGGAUAUUUAUACUAUUAUCACGCAUCAGUCCUUUCUGAUUGAUAUCUUUCUUUUUUGCCACUAAUUGGAGGGAAUUCGCUUAUUACCACCACAUGGCUGAGACAAUUGGAGACGUCCAUUUUUCUAUCUUUAGAAUGCUCUUAACUCAUCAUCUGACACUGGUUGUGCCCAUGCAGUAAUGGGUGAAUGUCAUCUGGAAACAUUUUCUCCCUUAAAAAAAUUAAAUUGCUACUCGUCAGCAAAAUGGCAUAUCCUUUGCUGUCAGUCAUUGUCAGCCAUUUUUUCGCACUGAACUUACAAAAAAUAUUUUUUAAUCAGGUGUAAGACAAUAGAUCAAGUUAUGCUACUGCACAUUACAAUGUUAUCACCAUUUUCUGGAAAUUCAUAUCUGCUCAUUACAUUUGGUACAACUCUCAGAUUAAUCUUUUGUUGUUGAUAUAUUGGCUAAAAAACUGGCUCACCAAGGGUAAUAUAGUAAGUCAGAGAUAGGGAAUAAACUGGCAUCCAAGUGGUUUACAUUGCAACAAUAUAGUUAAGUCCCAGAGUUGGUUACAACAUGAAUGAAGACAGUAACAGAAUCUCAAAACAUAAGCUAAAACACCCAUAAAAUGAUCCCAUAAAAUAUAAUUCAGAAAAAAAGUCAAUGCACAAAUUAAUUACUUCAUAUUUCAUUAGCUUUCUAUGCAGGGUGUAUGUUGCAUGUUCUGUUCGUGUUCCCCUGGCUUGUACUUCACCCCCUUCCCACAUCCCAAAGACAUAUGCAUUAAGUUAACUGGGUACAUUAAGCUGGCCUGGUAUGUGUGUGAGUGAGUUAGUGAGUCUUAUGCCAGACCAGAAUCUCAUCCAAGUUUGGCUUCUACUUUGCACUCAGAUCUAAACUGUAGGCUCCUUCUCCCAUGAGCCUUUAGUAUUAAAGCAGGAAUAUGUCAGGGAACAUUUUAAAAUCAUAAUUUUACUUAUAAACACUAUAAGGGAUAAAAAAGUUAUUUGUAUGAGAGCCUUAAUCCUAUUCUUCUAUUUUUAUUCUAAAUGGGAGAAUACUAUUAACACACUGUCGUGCUGCAAUUCCAUAUUCAAUAAAAUAAAAGAAAAAAGUAGCACUUUGUUAAAUGUCUAAACCAUUUUCUUUUUAUUUCUUUUGAUUUAAUUUAUAUUGCUCAUAGUUACUGUAUAUUCACUUAAAUUGUUUAUUUAAAUGCUUUUUCAACUGAAUUUUUAAAAACAUAUUUAUUUAAUUGCACGCUUAUGGUCACAUGUACAAUUUAAUGCGUUAAAAGCAUAUUGCCACUAAUAAAAAUUAAUGGAAUUACCAUGCAAAAUGUUUUACAAUUUUAGUGGCGACCAACCCUCAGCAUUUGCACUUUUCUGUUUUAGCCAAACUAUGAUAGAACCAUAGACACAUGGAAUAAAUUACCAAGGAGUGUGGUAGAGAGUUAGAUUUCAGGUACCUUCAAAUUUUAACUUGAUGUUCUUUUUGGAGAAAUUAGAUGGAUAGGAUUGGUGAGCUUUGUUGGACUGAAUAGCUUUUUCUCGACAAAAAUGUCCUAAUGUUGUAAUCUCUUAAUCAGCGACUGCCUCUUUCCCAUUACUAAAUUCUGUUUUAAACUUAAUCCAAGGUGACAUUUAGUCUGUAACUGGGGUGAAAAGGAAUAGUUGUUGUUGUUAUUAUUAUUAUUAUAUCAGAAGUAAAUGAGAGAAUUCACAUUAUAUUUAACAAUAAGCCAGGACAGCACAACAAUACAGACAUUAGGGCUGUUGUCACAAGGCUUCAGGGGCACAAGUUCAGUUCUUGGCCAUGCCCACGUUUGUGUGAACUUUAUAGCCCAAGUAGGUUUUCACCAGGUACAGCAGUUUGUCAUAAUCUGACACACUUGAAUGAUUAAUACAUUUGCUAAGAUGUACCCAUUAUGAGAGAGUGUGUGAUGAAGGCACAUCCCAUUCAGGGUUAUUUAAUUCCCAACUUGUCCUUGAUUCUUCUGAGGUGGAUAAACUCAGGCUCUCUGUGAAUCCUGUAAUUGAAAACGUGAAAUUAGAAAAUGGAUGGAAGGAUAGAUGGAUGAACUUGCCUAGCAAAGGAUUUAUCUUAUUUUCUUUUUCUGCUGAAUCUACAUUCUUUUUAAAAAGCACUUAAUGGGCAGAAAAUGUCAGUAGACUUUUAGGAAUAUGUAAGAAAUAAUGAAAGAUCAGAUGGAGCUGUAUCCUUUAAUGUGAAUCCAAACAUGUCAUGUGCACAAUAAGUAUUAAAAAUUUACACAACUGCUCUUUAAGUUUAAAUCCAAAUAUCAUUAAGAAUACAUACUGCAAGGAUAGACUAUAGAAAGUAUAUAUUUAAUUAGAAAAUUAAAGUACUGUUUUUAAAUAUUAUUGUUUUGGUGUUUGUUUUUUCCAAUACUUUAAUAUGUUGGGCAAAGAAACAUUAUUUAUAAAAGAUGACUAAUUGGUAUUUCUAAACUAAUAAUUUAUUACAUUUUAUCAGAAAUUGUUAGUGCACAGUGAAGCAAUUCCAAUUUGUUUUUUAUUUAAAUUAAUCCAUCUGUUGACUGACCUGAAAUUUUACAAAUUCUUUUUAAUGAGGUACCUUUGGUCAAGGAUAGAAACUAGCAAUGUCCAUCGAAAAAUAUGCAUUUUUUUGUUAAUGAGGCAUUUUAACUUGUCUGUGAAUUUUUGUAAUAUGAAAGAAUUGCCAUGGAAAUAAAUGUUUUUAUGAGGA